AUGGGUUUCGUCAACUUCAAGAACUAUCGGGUCUACAUCCUGACCUCGGUGGCCUACCUGGGCUCCUUGCUCUUUGGUUAUGACACGGGUGUUAUGGGCUCAGUCCUGGCUCUUUCGAGUUUCAAAAAGGACUUCGGUCUCCCUGUUGACUCAUCCGGAUUCAGUGACGCGAAAAACGCCUAUGUCGCUUCCAAUGUAGUGUCACUACUCACAGCAGGAUGUUUCUUCGGGGCAAUCUUUGCUGCUUAUAUAAAUGACAGAAUAGGUCGCAGAUACUCACUGAUGAUCUUUGCCCUGAUCUUCCUGGUUGGAGCCGCGGUCCAAGUUGCAGCUCACCAUGAGAUUGGCAUGAUCUAUGGCGGACGUGUCAUCGCCGGUUUUGGUAUUGGUGGUAUGUCCAGUAUCACCCCCGUCUUUGUCAGUGAGAACUGCCCUCCGGCAAACCGUGGCCGUAUUGCCGGUCUCUUUCAAGAGUUCCUGGUUAUUGGUAGUACUUUCGCCUACUGGCUGAACUAUGGUGUUGCGCGUCAUAUCCCCGAGGGUACAACCCAAUGGCGUAUCCCUGUUGCCAUCCAGCUUAUCCCGGGUGGUCUGAUGUUCAUCGGUCUAUUCUUCCUCAAAGAGUCUCCUCGUUGGCUACUGUCGAAGGGACGCCAGGAUGACGCACUCAAGUCCCUUGCUUAUAUUCGCAAUGAGUCUGAGACCAGCGAGGCUGUUCAACUCGAGUUGGCUGAGAUCUCAGCUGCUAUCCACGAAGAAGCGCAAGCCACUGAGGGUCUGACGUGGAGGGAAUGCCUGAAGCCAAGCAAUCGAUACCGAUUCUUCCUGGCCUUCCUGCUGAUGUUCUGGCAGCAGUUUUCCGGAACAAACAGCAUUGGAUACUAUGCUCCUCAGAUAUUUGCAAGUGUCGGAUUGAGUGCGACAAACACCUCACUGUUUGCCACUGGUAUCUACGGAACAGUCAAGGUUGUUGCAACAGCUGUGUUCCUGAUCAUCGGUAUAGAUCGCUGGGGUAGAAAGAAGAGUUUGAUUGGUGGUGCUGCUUGGAUGGCUAGCAUGAUGUUCAUCAUUGGAUCAGUCUUGGCUACCCACCCCCCAGUUAAGAAUUCCACAUCCGUCUCAUCGGCUUCCAUCGCUAUGGUUGCGAUGAUUUAUCUAUAUGUCAUCGGAUACUCAGCAUCAUGGGGGCCGGUUCCCUGGGUGUAUCUUGGCGAGAUCUUCCCAACUCAUCUUCGGGCUUACGGUGUUGGUUUCGGUGCCGCCACACAAUGGCUAUUCAACUUUGUUAUCACUGAGAUCACCCCUCGUGCUAUCAAUAAGAUUGGCUGGAGGACUUUCCUCAUGUUUGGCAUUUUCUGCUCUGCCAUGUGUAUCUUUGUCAUCGUAUUCUUCAAAGAGACCAAGGGCCUGACUCUGGAGGAGAUGGAUCUCGUUUUCGGCGCUGUUGAUGAGGAACAGAGACGCGCUGAUGUGGAACACACUUUGCAAAAGACUCAAAUUAUGCAUGAAGAGCAUGCUGAGACUACGGAGACUACGGAGACUACGGAGCACAAAUAG